AUGUCUUCUGGUGACCAUGUCGCCAUGACCAUGUUGGCCAUGGCGGAAACUCUUCGUCAGCUCCAACCUCCCAAGGUUAAGAUGGCCAUCAAGUGCACAAAAGUAAGAGCACUCACAUUAACGCUGUCUCCCGAGAUGACCGCGCAUGUUAGGUUUCAGUUGGGAAAGCUGUACUUCUUUUACACGGAAAACCUCGAUUUGGCUCUGCAGUUUCUUGAAUCGCGUAAUUACAUGAUGACCACGAAUGGACCUCCCAACGCUGCCUCCAGUAACCGGAUGCUGACUUUGAUACGAUCAGAACUUGCAAACGCAAAGGCUUUCCCAACAAUCUACGCCAAAUUGUUCUUUUACUAUAUAGAAGUCAACACUAUUGAUGGCCGCGCUGAUGAUGCUUUGGAAGCGUGUCAAGUAGCAAUUCAACAGUUCGUGGACGAUCCCAUUGUUAAUCUUUAUUUCCGUCUCACAAGGAAUAUGGUGUCUGCUCGUGUAGCAGGUACAGUAUGCGAUGAUUCGGAGACGAUGAUAAUCGGGCAAUUGAUCAAUAGACUUGACCAGUCAUCACCAGCAACGGCGAAUUUGAAGCUUUUCUACAUUUGUACACUUCUAGCCUUUAUGUUGUCUGAUGGGAAGCUGGAUGGACACGGUGCCGUUGACCGUUUUCGCUUGCUUGAUGACCAUUGUCAACUCGGCUCUGCAGCUGCAAUUAUGAGCGAGCAGCGAAGUACUAUACAAUUGCUGUACGACAUAUCCAGGAUUACAAUGCAAGGGCUGCAAUACAGCCAACGACAGGGCGGGGUUCUUUUCGAAGAGUUUGGGCCUGCUAUUCAAUCAUUGCUGGGCCACUACUGCUCCUAUCUUCGUGAACCCGAUGCUGCUGAGAAACACUUUCUUGCCGCCACUAAGUUCAAGUCGUGCAAGGACAAGAACAUAUGGGUAAUGACUCACGUGAAUCUUGCUAUUACCUAUCUUGCUCAGUGCAAACACGCCGAGUUCUACGAAAUAGCUGACCAGACGCUGAUAGCAGAAUGCAUGGAAACGGCAAAAACAGAAGAUCUCUUCCGUCUUCACGGUCUUUCGGUGCUACUGUUUUCGAUUUUUGUUCCGGUGAAUGCUGAGGUGAUUCUACCAACUCUAGAUUGGAGCAAGAAGGGUCAUGAUCAUUCUUUACAUUGUUGGAGCAAUAACACAAUGGCCAGAGUGCUAGCUUCACAUGGCAUGGAUGGCAGUGCUUAUAUAGAAGCAGCUAGAAAAGAGAUGGCUCUCCUUGACGAAGGUGUCAUUCGAGCAGAACACUUAACGAAUCCGAGUGCAGCUCUAGUUGAAUGGUUUGAGGGAGAUCCAACCGCGUUUUUACCAAAGGACGAAUGA